AUGCUGCAUCGUCGUGGUGGAGUAGGUGUGGGUGCUGUGGGUGGUAGACUGUAUGCCGUGGGUGGACACAACGCCCCGCCCAACCAGCCGCAUGCGAUGCGCACCGCCAGUGUGGAAGUAUACGAACCACGAACAGACAUGUGGACUGAGGUGGCUUGUCUGUCCUCACCGAGAGAUUCCAUUGCUGUGACCACGUUGGGCAUGAAACUGUACGCGAUUGGCGGUCACGAUGGUCACGUCUACACAGACCGUGUUCAAGUCUAUGACCCGGAAACAAAUCAGUGGUCCGAUAGACACUGCUCAGCUGCUAAAUCCUCGUUAGCAACGAUCAACAGUGCCUUUUUACUGGAUCCAGCAGCUAAGAUGACCAGUUUAGCAGACUUGCCGAUCGCUUUUGCUCUUUGA